AUGCAUUCAACUAGUAUUUCGGAAAAUCAAUAUUUUCUGAUUACUGUUACAAAUUUUCCAAAUCUUCUACAUCGUACACAAUCCUAUCAACAAGUACCAAAUAAUGAAUUACAACAACGAAUUCGAGAUGGAAUGUUAGUUCCCAAUGCAGCUAUUCAUUUUGGUAGAGCUCAAACAGAAGAACAUGAAUUAUUAUUAUACAAUACACUACGAUUUGAAUUAGAAGAAUGCAUUCGUGCAUAUCUUCAACGAACUCAACGACCAUAUCCAAUUAACUUAGUGAUUGAUUUAUCACAAAUAGACCAACGACGUUGA